CAAGACUACUCUUCCCGACAUUAUUAGAUAACAUUACUGCUUUAACAUUUCACAAAUAUUAGCAGGAUUUUCUUAACAGCAAUUUUCAGAAGGCACUUCAAUACAAAUAUAGCAAGUUAUUAUCUGUGUGUCCCUCAACUCUUACCUUGGAUUCCAUUCUCUGACUGCCUAAACACUCUAUUGAAUAUAGUAGUCUUUUAAGAUGGUGCUUAGGAUGACUAUAUGAUGGGAAACUCAAACUUUGUUUAUGACAACAGCACAGCAAGUUCAUUAAAGCCUAUCUCAUACAUUGCCUCUAUGUACAAUCCAGUCUACAUGUUUUUGCAACUAUUGCUCAUUCUAUUUCAUAUUAUCCUCAACAUAUCACCUAAGCGACUUUUUAAAUCAUUUUCUAGGCGAGUAUACUGGAAAACUCAUUGGGUUCUUCUCCAGCAAACCUUACAACUUAUUGGCUUGAUACAAUGCAGUAUACCUUUCGAGCCCCAAUCAUUACUGCUAACAUCAUUUAUGAAUUCCUCUUUCAUUCAUUGAGUUCAAACACACACACACACACACACACAUUGGAUGUAAUAUGCACACUCCCUUCCUAUCCUUUU